UGUCAGUGUCAAAUAUGGCCUACGGUGUACGGGUUAUGAUUAUGCCGAUUGCCGUAUGAAGAAUGAAGAAAAUGAAUAAAGUUUAAACACGACUUACAGUUUUGAUAAGUUAUCGUGAAAUACAUAAAAUUAAAUAUCUUUUACAAUAACUGUACAUUUGCUGUUGAAUUGAUACGGAGGAAGUCCUAAAAAUGUCACAUUUCACUGAUGUGAGGGUUCUGUUUUCUCGGUUGUGUUCAAUGAAAAAUAGCUCUAAUGGAAUGAGACUUGGAAUAAGAAACUUUAGUCAAAGUGAUAAUCCUAUUCCUAAAGGAAGUGUGACUCCUCUUCCUCCACUGUCGGAACCAAUACCAAAUCUCCCUCCAGUAAUAUAUUCAAAACCAAAAUCAGAAGAUGCAACCACUGAAGUAACUACUCUUAGCAAUGGCCUAAGAGUUGCAUCAGAAAAAAAAUUUGGACAGUUUUGUACUGCAGGAGUUGUUAUAGACUCAGGACCAAGAUAUGAAGUUGCUUACCCAAGUGGAAUUUGUCACUUUCUUGAAAAAUUAAGUUUUGGUGCAACACACAAAUUUCCCACUCGAGAUGUAAUGCUCCGUGAGUUGGAAAGACAUGGCGGUAUUUGCGACUGCCAAGGAUCUCGUGACACUACAGUGUAUGCUACGAGUGCUGAUUCCAGAGGCUUAGAAGCUAUUACACAGGUGUUAGCUGAAGUAACUCUACGACCUCAAUUGUCAAUGGAAGAGAUUGAGGCUGCGAGACAAGCUGUGGCCUUUGAACUAGAAACACUUGCAAUGAGACCAGAACAAGAAACAAUUCUUAUGGACAUGAUACAUUUGGCAGCAUAUAGAGGUAACACUCUUGGUUUACCAAAGAUAUGCCCAAAGGAAAAUGUAAACAAAAUAGAUCGUGGAGUUAUCUUGAAUUAUUUAAAAAAUCACUAUACACCGGAUAGAAUGGUGAUUGCCGCAGUUGGGGUCGAUCACAAGCCAUUUGUAGAGUAUGUACAAAAAUACUUCGUUGAUAUGAAACCAACAUGGCAUUCAGAGAAUGAUGCAUUUAAACCUCAAGUAGACAAAUCUCUCGCGCAGUACACUGGUGGCAUUGAACAGGAAGAAUGUGAGAUUCCACUGUACCCAGGUUCUGAUCUACCCGAGUUGUCUCAUGUGGUCAUAGGAAUUGAGAGUUGUUCACACAGUGAUCCAGAUUUUGUUCCCACUUGUGUGCUCAAUAUGAUGAUGGGUGGUGGAGGGUCAUUCUCUGCUGGUGGGCCUGGUAAAGGAAUGUACACACGGCUGUACACAAAUGUACUCAACAGGUACCACUGGAUGUUCAACGCGACAGCGUACAACCACGCGUACGGCGAUACCGGCCUGUUCUGCGUGCACGCAGCGUCGCCGCCCGCGCGCAUCUUCGACACGACGCUCGUGGUGGCGCGAGAGCUAGCCAACAUGGCCGCCAAAGUUGGAGAUUCGGAAUUGAGGAGAGCUAAAACGCAGUUGCAGUCAAUGCUCCUGAUGAAUCUCGAAGCGAGGCCCGUGGUGUUCGAAGACGUCGGCCGGCAAGUGCUGUCCACAGGGAAGAGGAAACCACCGUCUUACUUCAUCAACGAAAUAGAGAAAGUGACAGCAGAAGACAUCGUGAGGGUGGCUCGCACGAUGCUCGGGCGGCGCCCCGCUGUGGCCGCGCGAGGCAAGUUGGAGCACCUGCCCUCGUUCGAAGAGAUACAAGCCAACAUGUCGCUCAGUAAAACAGAGGCGUCACCACAGGGCCGCAGACUCAAUCUGUUCCGCGCUUAGUAUUACAGAAAGACUUAUUUACGUUACUCUCCAGUUUUAUUUUAAAUAAAAGAAAAUUUAUGUUUAUGGUUAA